AUGUCCAAAUACGACCUUAAUGUUCCCUGGCCCGUUCUAGGCUACGGCAAGGCUUCUCCCGCCCAAAUUGCAUCGUUGAAAGCAACCAUAAGCACCGCAUUUGCCCUCGAUUAUACUCAUAUUGCCAUAAAUUUCACUGUUCCCGAAGGCACACGGCUCCCAGUCCAUGAUGCGGCCUCGAUAAACCCCAUUCCAAUGGCGGAGUUGUCAAAACACUUUGAAAAAUCGUUUCCUAAGGCUCGUCUAUUUUCUCGGUUGACGCUUAUGGUGGCCGAUCCCGCCCAAAUUCAGGGCUUAGCGAAAAUUCAGAACCAUUUCGAUAUACUAGCAGUGCAGCCGACCACGGAAAAGGCAUUGCAACUCGCCGUUUCCAAUCUUGACAUCGAUAUAGUGUCGCUCAAUCUUUCACAAAGACUUCCAUUUUACCUAAAACACAAGACAGUUUGCAGCGGAGUUGACCGUGGCGUGCACUUUGAAAUCAGCUAUGCGACUCUCAUUGGUGGUCCCGCCGGCUAUACCAACAAUGGCUCAGAAAUGGUGCUUUCAACCACCGCCCUGGCGGCUCGAAAAAACUUCUUUUCCAACGCUCUUCAGUUGAUACGAGCGUCUCGGUCGCGUGGUCUUGUGGUUUCAAGUGGUGCCACUCACCCACUUCAGUUGCGGAACAGUUCCGAUAUUCUUACGGUACUUAAGACUAUUGGAUUGGAAUCGGGAAGAACAAAGCAUUGCGUCACUACGAGUCCAGAACGGGCCUUGGUUUCUGGACGACUUCGUAUAAAAUCUUACAAGCAGACGGUGAUUGCUGGAAAUGAAGAAGAAAGAGAUGUUUUGUGGAAUAAUGAAUCGGAAGACCCACAAAAAAAGUUGGAUUCGACCGGCUACAAAAAACGAGCAGCGGAAGCAGCGGGGGGACUCUUGAAGAAGCACAGGAAGAAGGCAUAG